GACCGUUGCGACCCGCCAUUAAAACAGAAGAACAACAACAACAACAUCUUCCUUCGAGUGAAUUCAGCUACAGGAGAGAAACGUGGAGGGAAAUCGCAGCAUUGCUGCUUCAACUUGAUGAGAUUUCACGCACUGAACCUUCACUGACAAAAUGGCUUCCAGAUUAGCGGACGAUCUCUGCUGUCCGGUCUGUCAGGACGUCUUCAGAGAUCCUGUUCUUCUGUCGUGUAGCCACAGCUUCUGUAAAGGCUGUCUGAGGAGAUGGUGGAGAGAGAAGCAAUCACGGGAGUGUCCAGUUUGUAAGACUGUAUCUUCAAGGGAUAAACCACCUUGUAACCUGGUGUUAAAGAACCUGUGUGAGGCCUUUUUGCUGGAGAGAGAUCGAGGAGCUUCCGAGGGUAUCUGCAGUCUGCACUCUGAGAAACUCAAACUCUUCUGUCUGGACCAUCAGCAGCCAGUGUGUCUCAUCUGCAGAGAUUCAGAAAAACACAGCAACCACAGAUUCAGACCCAUCGAUGAAGCUGCACGACAACACAAGAAGGAACUUCAGGAAACUCUGGAGCCUGUAAAGAAGAAGUUAAAGGUUUGUGAACAAGUUAAAGUGAAGUUUGAUCAAACAGCAGAACACAUUAAGGUCCAGGCCCGACACACAGAGAGGCAGAUUAAGGAGCAGUUUAAGAAGCUUCACCAGUUUCUAUAUGAGGAAGAGGAGGCCAGGAUGGCUGCACUGAGGGAGGAAGAGGAGCAGAAGAGUCAGAUGAUGAAGGAGAAGAUGGAGGCUCUGAGCAGAGAGAUAGCAGCUCUUUCAGACACAGUCAGAGCCACAGAGGAGGAGCUGAGAGCUGAAGACGUCUCAUUCCUGCUCAGCUACAAAGCUGCAGUGGAAAGAGUCCAGCAGCGCCCCCUGCUGGAUGAUCCACAGCUGCCCUCAGGAGCUCUGAUAGACCAGGCCAAACACCUGGGCAACCUGACCUUCAACAUCUGGAACAAGAUGAAGGACGUGGUCUCCUACACUCCUCUGAUUCUGGAUCCAAAGACUGUUUAUCCAACACUCAUCCUGUCAGAAGAUCUGACCAGUGUGAGGGGAGAUGAGAGACAUCAGCUUCUUGUCAAUCCAGAGAGUUUUGAUGAUUUCUGCUGUGCCCUGGGCUCUGAGGGCUUCAACUCAGGGACUCACAGCUGGGAUGUCGAGGUUGGAGACAGUGCAGGAUGGUCACUGGGUGUGUUAGAAGAGUCUUUCCAGAGGACAGGAUACGCACUGCCUGGACUAUGGACAUUAAGGUUUGAUGUAUAUAAAUAUUCAGCACACUCACCGGCUUCAUGCACAGUUCUCCAAGUGCAGACGAAGCCCCAGAGGAUCAGAGUGAAUCUGGACUGGAACAGAGGAGAGCUGUCGUUCUCUGAUCCUGAUACUAACACACACAUACACACCUUCACACACUUUCACUGA